AAUCCUUUUUAUCGGUAUCUGCCAAAUAAAAGAUCUUUUUUCUAAAGAUUUUACCAGAUAUCGUUAGGAAUCACGAAGAAAUAACGUGAUUAUACUUUUCAGAUAUGUCUGAUGAACCAAAGAAACUAACAUAUGAAACCUACCUUGGUUUGGAUAAGUUGCUGACAUGCCAGGAACUAGAGAGCGAAAAGGCAGGAAACCGGGUUGCCGAGGAACACCUCUUCAUCAUCGUUCAUCAAGGAUUUGAGAUAUGGUUCAAACAGAUACUCGAAGAUUUUAAAGGCGUCAUAGACAUAUUUAAAGAGCCUAAAAUUGAAGAACGGACACAUUUGUCUGGAAUCACCACAAAAUUAGGACGAUGCAUUUUAAUUUUGAAGGUAGUUAUUCAGCAUUUCGAAAUAAUUGAGACUAUGCCACCUGCAGUUUUCCUGAAUUUUAGAAAAUAUUUGAAGAGCGGAUCAGGAUUUCAAAGUCUACAGUUUCGCCAGAUUGAAAAUACUCUUGGUCUAAGACCUGAGACACGAGAGCAGGAUCAACCAGGAAAGGAUUACAAAGAUGCUCUCAAUACAGAACAAAGCGAGGUAGCAAAAGACUCAGAAAAAGGGGAUACCCUAUUUUCAGUUGCAGAGACAUGGCUAAAAAAUGUAUUUGGUACCUAUGUCAGGGAUCGGGUUCAGUAUUUUAACGUGCUGAGUGAAAUGAUGAAAACAUGGGCUGAGGAUACCACAAUGGAGGAGCAUCAUAGAGGAAAUAAGGGAGCAUUUGAUAAGAUUCUGAAAGAAGAUACCUAUGAAACCAUACCAGAUAGGAGACUUACUUUCGAGGCUUUCCACGGAGCGUUGUUGAUUUCACUUUACCAAGACGAACCGGAAUUCCAAAGCGCAUACCAUACAAUAAAGCUUUUUAUGGACAUAGACUCUUUAGUCUCAAAAUGGCGCCAUACGCAUGUUCUCAUGGUUCAUCGUAUGCUUGGAAAGAAAACUGGAACAGGGGGCUCUUCGGGAUACGACUACUUAAAAAGGACUAAUCAAGAUAAAUACAGAGUGUUCAUGGAAUUUUUUAAUAUGGGUGCAUAUCUCAUCCCGGAAGAUUACAAGAGAGGGGAAAAACCGUAUUCUGUUCCUUAAAGUGUAGAAGGAAUCUAAGGGACAUGUGGUGAAAUUAAUUGUUUAUGAUACGUAAAACUCUGGUUAGAGAGAUAUGAAUGUGAAUUGCUUAUGAUAUGCACAAAAAAUGUUUUAACGACUUUUUAAUUUUCAAAUGAUCAGGUAAAAAACCUCAAUUAAAUAUUUUAAACACCCAAUACUAUUCCCUGAAUUUGUAUUUAAUUCCGUACAUGUAUCAAUUAUAACACUUUUUGCAUAUGAUUCGGUGAAGAACCAGGAAAAAAAUGGAAAAUUAAUUAUUAAAUUAAAAACAACAAAGAGCUUGACAAGUUAAAAGAAGAAUUGACUAGACCCAAAACCGUACGUUCUUCAUAAUGUUUAUCGUGGGGUUUUUUUCAUAUUUCUUGUCAUUUAUUUUCAUUGCGAUGAAAACAUUUUAUCAAUUUCAAUGUAUAAGAAUUUUUUAAAACUUGAUCGAUAUCAUAGGAUAAAUAGUUUACUGAUGUCUUGAUAUUUUAGAAAAAAAAUAUGGCAAGUUGGCUAUUUCAGAAAUAUCCAAAUAUUAUCAUACUUUUUAUUAUGUUAUAGAUAUAGGAUAGUUUCUUGUAUUCAGAGCCGAUUGAACUUGAGAUUUUGUAUGUGUUUUCUGUUCUGUUAUGUGAAAAUGACUUUCUUUUGACCUCCUUAAAAUUUAGCAGAAUGUGUGAUGAUAGAUAGUUUAUUGAAGUAUAAAACACUUCUUUAAGUGUUUAAAUUCCACUUGAACAUGAAAACCAAAGUUUUGCCUGUAAAGAAAACCAUGAUCAACCAUUAUAACAGAAAACAAACGCCAAUUAUAACAGUUGUUUCUUUCGGGGAUACAUGAACAAUUUAUUAAUUUGCAUUGAUUUCCUUUUAUGAAAUUAAUUAGAAUUGCUUGCUUCUGUUUAAAAGUUUUCUUAUAUACCAAGACGAUUUUAACAUGCUUCUGUAUUAUUAGACGGACUUGUAAUAAGUAUUGCCUCCUGAGCAUAUAUACUCAUAAUUUGUUUACAAAAAUUAAUUAUUAAAUUAAUACUUGUACACGUAUGCUUGUUAAUGUUUCGAUGUAUUUCAAGAAAUAUCGAUUGUCAUGAUUUUGAAUAUGUUGUUUUGAAUUCAAUAUUAACAAAUGUUUUACGAUUAAUAAAAGAAAUAUACUGUAA